AUGCCACUAAGAUCGACAUACAUUGUACUCAUUGCCAUCCUACUCAACUUGGCUUUGAAUGCAUGUUCUUCAAGAUCCAAGAAAGGCAGAAGCAUUCAACCGGACCACAGCAACACGAAGUUAGGAGAUGAUACCUCCGUAUCAACCGGUUUGAAGAUCGGGCAGAAUUUCCAGCCGACUUCACCUCUUAGUGUGAAUUUGCCUCCAGGUCAUCAUAGGUCGAUCCCGGCAAUCAAAUCUCGGCCGCAUGGAAGUAAACUUGAUCAGACCCACGGAAACGCCCAUUUUUUCUACGAGAAUCCGCAAGGACAGAAUAUUAAGCUCACGAAUGUUUUUCUCUUGAAAUGGCUCCUCGUCAAUCGUAAAGAGCAAGUCUAUCUUUCAAGGCAUUUUGGAAAAGUACGUGUCAAAAGAUCACCUGAACUUGGAAGCUCCAUCGCUGGAAUCAGGGGAGGCAUCGCAAGGCUAUCAAAGGGCUCAGACCAUGCAGAGACUAUAUCUGAUCUCCCCAAAGACAAAACGGUUUUAGCCAGUGAUCUUGCAGAGUCAAGUAAAGACUUGAGGGGCGAGGACAAUCCAACUUUGGAGAGAGCUCCAAGCUCGGCUUCGCUCCCUAGCUUAUCAUCAAAUGACGACCAAGAACUUGCUAAGUUGGGCUUCCUGGAAGCCAUCGACGUGCGUUACAAGCCUUUUCUGGAAUUGACAGACGAUGUUAUGCGGAAGAAGCCAAAUCCAGGUUUCAUAGACAAAGAGUUCGAUGAAGAUGCGACAGACGGUACAGAAAAACAUCAGGCGGCUCUAGAAAUCAAAGAACGAGGCCUCACUUUCACAGCAUAUCUUGCACUUUACUCAGAAAAACGUCUAUUCCAGUCAGUAAUUGAUGGGGAGAGCGAAGUGGAAACCAACCGACUAGUCAGUGAACUUGAAGAACUCAGAAGUAUCUAUGUCACGGAACUGGAGCGUCACUUGAAGAUGGAAGACGGGGUUCACACCAAUAGGUUUUUAAGAGACGAGAACCUUCAAGAGCUGGAAAAGGAAGUAUCUUCCAUACGAAAAUCGAUUUGGGCAUACGAUACCAUCCCAGCCACGAUUGAACAUGGAAAAACUCAACCCAAUCAAGCUAAGCGUGUUUGGUUUCAAGAAAGUUUGGCGGACGCUAUGGGAAGACAGAAGGCUUUGAAGGAGAUCGAUCAGAGAUCGCUGGCGGACAUUACAGCAGACGCAUACUUGAACGCUGGAAAACCACGAUCAAGCAUUGUGCUAGAAGCACCCCAGGAUGUAACAUACGAUCAAGUCAUAGAACUAGCAAAUGAAGCCCAGGACGCGAUGCUACACUUCAAAUCACUCCCCACAAUUCCAGACAACGAGGCGAAACGGCGAGCACACAGACCACGCCAAAAAUUUAAGUUGUACAUUGAAACAUAUGCACAGGCACAUGGUAAUGACUUUGGUCUGUUCAUAGAUGUGCAAAAGAUCUCCAACAGAAGAGAGAUUCGAAAGCGUCCAUAUAUUCAAAUGUCUUCACUCAAAAGCAAACUAAUAAUUUGGCUCGAUAAAAUCAAAUCCAAGAUUGAAAAACUCAAAAAGCUUUUGUCCAGAUUCAAAUCAAUCUUCAAAAGAAAAAAUGAACGAAAGUUUUCUAGUUCAGUUUCACCUGAACCUUUUGCUUCAUUUGAGAUGGUUUAA